UGCUGCAUCUGGGCCAAGGGAAGGAAGGAUGGAGCAGGGGCUGGGGCUGAACCCCGCGGACAGGGGUGGGGGGGCACAACUGGGACUGGGUUCCAGCUCAGGGCCUGGCUCCCACUGCCUCUCCCCAGAGCGGCUUCAUGGCAGGGUCACUCGAGUCAUCCAGGCGGACUUCACCGGUGGCUUGGAGAUCUACGCGGCCAUUAGGACAGGACUGAGGGACCUGGAGAUUGGAGUCCUGGUGAACAACGUGGGCAUGUUAUAUGAAAACACCCUGGUGAGGCUGCUGGACCGUGAGAACGUCGCCAAAAGACUCUCUGACGUCAUCAACUGCAACAUCAUGUCUGUGGCCCAGAUGACGGCAAUUGUCCUGCCCCAGAUGGUCUCCAGGCGCAAAGGAAUCAUCGUUAACAUCUCCUCAUUCACUGACAAGAAGCCCUGUCCACUUUUAUCAGCCUACGCCGCUUCCAAGGCCUUUGUGCGAAACUUCUCGCAGGCAGUGGGCGCGGAGUACUGCUCCCAAGGAGUCAUCGUGCAGACGGUGAGCCCCUUCAUGAUCGAGUCAAGUAUGACCAAAGACAUAAAGUACCGGACACUGUUACUGAGUUCCGAAGACUUCGCUCGGCAGGCGCUGGACACCCUUGGCCUCACCUCCCAGACCGCCGGCUGCUUCAACCAAGCUGUGCUGAACGCCCUGCUGGCUCUCCUCCUGCCCGGUUGGUUUCGUCUCAGUCGCUGGGGACCGAAGUGUUUACUUCUGUUGAGCAAUGCUAUGGCGAAGGCAAAGCCCGCCCAUAAACGGCCUUGAAGAGGCGCGGCCACUCGCCUGCCACCCCCCCAUCCUGGGCCAGGGCUGUUGAUGUUAGCAAAGGUGUCCCACACGUGGGGAUGGAUGACAAUUAGGCCCACGGCACAGAACUGGACACCGGAACACCUGGAUAUUUGGAAACAACUGUGGCAUCUCUGACCUCUGACAGAAAGAUGGCAUUUUUAAUACGUGCACUGAGACAACUAGACAGCCAUGGGGAUAUACAGUAUGUGUGUGUGUGUGUGUGUGUGUGUGUGUGUGUGUGUGUGUAUACACACUUAUACAUAUAUACACUG